AUCAUGGCUGCACCUUGGCUCACCAUCUUCCUUCUCCUCAGCUGCCUGGCCUACAUGCAGGUUGUGGAAGGGAACAAAGCUCGCUCCAGUUGCCCCAAUGGAUGGUUCUACUACAAGGCAAACUGCUACGGAUAUUUCCGUUAUCCAUUAAGCUGGUCAGAAGCAGAGUUUGACUGCCAAGCGUACGGACAUGGUGCCCACCUGGCUUCCAUCCUGGAUUCUGCGGAGGCCGAUAUCAUCGCUUCCCACAUCGCUGCCUAUCAGAAGAACCAGCCUGUGUGGAUAGGACUCCAUGACCCAGAACAGAAUCGUCGCUGGAAGUGGAAUGACGGAUCCAUGUACAACUACCGCUCCUGGCUCGCGGGUCAGCCAGACAACAGCGGCGGAGUAGAGUACUGCGGAGAGCUGAACUGCAAAGACAAGUUCAUUAGUUGGAAUGACAGCAACUGUAAGCUGGCAAAGCAGUACGUCUGCAAAUUCAAACCAUGAGAUGCACCCCCGAUCCCUACCGGAACCUCUACCCGAUCCCUACUGAUCCCUACCGGAACCUCUACCCGAUCCCUACUGAUCCCUACCGGAACAACCUCUACCUGAUCCCUACUGAUCCCUUCUGGGGCGAGAAGCAAGCCCUCAUCUUCCAUUACAUCACGGCGAGGCCACCUAGGGACCACAUGGUCGGAAAUCCAUACAUAAGGAUAAAGCACGGCGGCGGCAUCGCUGCUCGGACCCCCGGGGACAAUCUUCCACAGAGCGGCGGCAGAUAGACGCACAGUGUGACAAUAAUAA